GGCGGCAGCGCAUCCUCGACCAUGGUUUGAUCAUCAUCCUGUGCAUGUACGUGUACCAUUCCAUCCAUCAUCUGCGUUCCACAAGCUAGACAACACUUCAUUCCAAUUCAUGGUUCGGCUCCUUUCGUGGUUUAACUGUUUGCGCAACCGCAUUGCUUGGCUCCUCACGGCAUGAGUCGGGUCAGAUGAGUUUGAGGGUGACGCUGACUCCAUUGUUCGCGACGUGCUGUCGACCAACGUUCUUAUGCAGAGGUUCAGGGAGAUCAGGAUUUUGCUUUGUGAUGAAUGAAAGGGGGAUAGUUGGAUGGUGCGCAUGGGUGAUGGUGGCGGUGGCGGUCCUUAGGUGCGUGUGCAAAUGGGGAGAAGUGCGUGUCGGUGCCCUGUCGAUGCCUGCCUGCCUACUUGUCUGUCUGCCUGCGUGCGUCUAGUACAUGCUGUUGGCGAUUAACUCCUUGUUGCAAAUACGAAGCUCCACGCG